CGGAUCUAAUUGGAACCCUAACUGUAUCAAAUGCUUUCUUUGCAACUUUCACUUCCUCCAAUCAAUAACGGGUUCUCUCAUUACAUCCCAAAACCUGUAUGUUUAUUCCAGGAUCGAUCUCGCAGCAGUAGCAGAAACCUCUCGAGAGCAUUCCCUUCUCUUCUCAAAUAUAUUUUCUGUGCAAGUACAACUCCAGCAGAUGUGGUAUUUAAAGAAGAAGAAGUGAAGGGAACAGACUCUGGUUCUGGAACUCCAGCAGCAGAGGCGACUUUGUUGCCAGAUGGGCUCCGGCCUGAAUUUAUGCCGAAUCAUGUUGCGGUGAUUAUGGAUGGAAACGUGAGGUGGGCGAGGCAGAAGAAUUUGCCUCCGUCUUUUGGUCAUGAAGCUGGUGUUAGGGCUUUGAGAGAGGUUACUGAGCUCUGUUGCAAAUGGGGGAUUAGUGUUCUCACUGUUUUCGCUUUCUCAACUGAAAACUGGAUUCGGCCCAAAGUGGAGGUUGAUUUUUUGAUGAACUUGUUCGAGAGGGUGAUAAAGGAAGAUCUGAAUAAUUAUAUGAGAGAAAAUAUUCGAAUAUCUGUAAUUGGUGAUUCCACGAAGCUCCCAGUGUCCCUGCAGAAACUGAUAAUUGAAGCUGAGGAGGUCACAAGGAACAACUCACGAUUCCAACUGAUUAUUGCAGUCAGCUAUAGUGGGCAGUACGACAUAGUUCAAGCAUGUAGAAGCAUUGCUGACAAAGUAAAUAAUGGUCUCAUCCAACCAAAUGACAUCAGUGAAGCUCUAAUCGAACAAGAAUUAGAAACAAACUGCACCGAUUUUCCCCACCCUGAUCUACUUAUCCGUACUAGUGGCGAACAAAGGGUCAGCAACUUCUUGCUAUGGCAGCUGGCCUAUACUGAACUUGUCUUUGUACAACCACUCUGGCCUGAUUUUGGAAAAGCUGAAUUUGUAGAUGCAGUAAGUUCAUAUCAGCAAAGGCGAAGACGUUAUGGAGGGCGUGAUUCAUAAGUCACAUGUAUAACAUAUGAGAAGGAAUGUGGAACCCGAAAGCCCAAGAUGUACUCACAAUGGUCUUCAUCAUUCAUGUUGUAAGCAUAAAUAACGGUGUACCUUGUAAAGCUUUCUGGUAGCUGAACCACGGUCCUUGCACUUCGCAGAAUGGAGGACCUCCAUUUCUGUUUUUAAAGUGCCUGCUUUAAUUUAAACUGUAGUUGGGAAUUUUCCAAAUGUGGAAUAGCAAUCUAUUUACAAGAUGCUUAAUCAUAAUUG